GCCAACUUGGGGGCUGGAAGGAUAUUGCAGAUACUCCGGGUGUUAGCGGCGCAGUCUGCACGCGGCUCACUAGCUGACAAGGGGCUGUAUCGCCAGCGAGCCACUAUAUACCUGAAAUGCCCUAGGAACAGUUCGAACUUUGUCUCCUCAGAGAAAAAGAAGAAAGGGGGCGGUUUGCUUUGACUAUGGCUUGCGUGGGCGCUUUUCUCUCAAAGCAUCUCCUGACAUAUCAAGUAUGCGGCGCGAAUACCAACGUGGGUAAAACGGUAUUCUCGUCCCUUCUCUACAAGGCGCACGCCUUGUCGAAACCCAAGACCAACCACUGGUAUUUGAAGCCUGUUUCUACCGGGCCUGAGUGUGAUAGGGAUGAUAGACACAUCAGUCGCUUCGCUAAGCAUGUUUCGAUCAAGUGUUUAUAUAUCUUCGAUCAGCCGGUGAGCCCUCAUCUUGCUGCUGCCGGUAAACAGUGCCCUGGAGACGGAGAGAUUGUCGAAGCUGUUAGCCAAACCCUUCACGGGUGGGCACAAUAUGGGCGUGGACUUGCCCUCGUUGAAACGGCCGGAGGAGUCUUAUCCCCUGGGCCAAACGGGACCCUGCAAAGUGAUCUCUAUAGGCCACUGCGAUUGCCUGUCAUUCUGGUUGCAGACUCAAGGUUAGGGGGGAUAUCAUCUUCUAUUGCUGCGUUUGAAAGUCUUUCGCUUCGCGGAUACGAUGUUCAUGCGGUUGCUGUGCUGGAGGAUAGCUUCUAUCAAAACCACACGUACCUGGAGGAAUUUUUCCUCUCGAAAAGGAACAUUCCGGUUUUGACAGUACCCCAACCUCCCCCAAAACAAUUGACAGGCGACGACUCCGUUGCCGCAGAUGAUGAACGGAAGAUGUCAAGAUAUUACGAAGAACAGGCUAAAAGGCUUCUGACAGAAGUGCAUGGGCCCCGGUCCAGUUUUUUGGAUAUACUCUCUGAGAAGCAUCACUCUCGGAUCUCAGAAAUUGAAUCUAUGUCCGCCAGGGCCCAUUCCUCCAUUUGGUACCCAUUUACCCAACACCAGUCAUUAGCUCCAAAAGAUAUCAUGGUAAUCGAUUCGGCAUAUGGAGACUGUUUCCAAACCUCCACGGUAAAUUCUACGGAAUCUGGUUCAGAACCAACCACAGCUAACACUGAACCUUCGCAAAAGAAUACAUCCAACCUAUUACGGCCAACAUUUGACGGCUCUGCGUCUUGGUGGACUCAGUGCCUUGGCCACGGGAACCCCGAAUUGUCCUUGGAGGCAGCCUAUGCGGCUGGCCGAUAUGGCCAUGUCAUCUUGCCAGGUGCAAUCCAUGAACCGGCCCUUUCACUCGCGGAGUCCCUGAUUAAAAUGAUAAACAACCCUCGAUUGAAGAGAGCAUUCUACUCCGACAACGGAAGCACUGGUAUGGAGGUUGCCGUCAAGAUGGCUCUGAGAGUGGCAUGCAAGCGGUAUAAUUGGGAUUCCAGCAAAGAAGACAUUGAGAUUUUAGGCCUGCGUGGAAGCUAUCACGGGGAUACAAUUGGGACGAUGGAUCUCUCGGAACCCUCAAUCUACAACAAAAAAGUUGAGUGGUACCGCGGCCGCGGCCAUUGGUUCAACUUUCCCACGGUGAAAAUGUUACGGGGAAGAUGGAUCAUCGAAAUACCACAGGAAUUAAAGGGGUCACUAGGAAACAAUACAGAAUUUCCUACUCGACAAUCGAUCUUCGACCUUGCGCAGCGGAAAAAAUCAGUCGCCCGCCAACGCUAUUAUACUUACAUAAAGAGGAGCUUAGAAAAACUUAUUUGCCAGGAUGGUCGAAAAUUCGGAGCCCUGAUCAUGGAACCUGUCAUCCUGGGAGCUGGCGGGAUGUUAUUCGCCGAUCCACUUUUCCAGCAAACCAUGGUUGAAGUUGUUCGGGAGAACCCGGCCUUAUUUGGGGGAGGCCAUGCCCCACCUCCGUCAUCGUCGGAUCGCACAUGGUCCGGCCUGCCUGUGGUUUUCGACGAAGUUUUCACUGGCCUCUAUCGCCUGGGCAGAGCCUCCUCUGCAUCCUUCCUCGAUACGCACGCCGACAUCUCAGUGCACGCAAAGCUGCUGACAGGCGGGCUCGUGCCGCUGUGCAUCACUCUGGCAAGCGAGGAUAUCUUCGACGCGUUUUGUACCCCGCACAAAGUUGAUGCCCUGCUGCACGGCCACAGCUAUACCGCACACCCUGUCGGCUGCAGAGUGGCAGAAGCAUCGCUUCGCAUGUUGACCACUAAGAAUGCAGAACGAUGUCAGCAAAUGCAAUUACGUGAUCAGCCACAUCAUCAGCCGCACAAUCAACCGCCUGUUGGAACAGGCGUUGAUCUUCCAGAACAGCUUCGGCACGUUUGGAGCAGCUGGUCGGAUCAAUUGGUCCUGGACCUCUCGCGCUCCGAACAGGUCGAAGCGGUUUUUGCCCUUGGCACUGUUCUAAGCAUUAGCCUGCGAAGCCAAGACGGCGGUGGUUUUAUCGUUUCUAGGAUAUGGUUCCAAUGCCGCAGCUGGCCUCCAACGGCGGCUAGGCGAAACAAACGCAAACGGUUUUAG